GCUGCACUGAUGUUUCUGUAAUGCAAUCAGUGUUUCCUGUCAGAGAGAGAGAGAGAGAGAGAGAGAGAGAGAGAGUGGCACAAAGAGGGAGGGAAGUGAAGAGAGAGGCUCUGAAUGAUGCCUGCUGCUGAUUUACAGCUUGUGAACUAAAUAUGCAUCCACCAUCCCUUCAAAGCACAUACAUAACGUAUUGAAUAUCCAGCCAUUUACUCAGCCCCUUACAUAAACCUAAAAAAAGACACAUUCCUUUGAGAUAGACAGUUUUAUGUUGGAUUAUUAGCACAGGAAAUGUGCCAGUCAUACACUUCACAUUCAGUGAUGUCACGACUGUGUGGGAGUGCUGGGUAGAGGGAGGGAGUCGUGUGAGCACGUGGACGUAUUGAAACAUAUUGUGUGCAUGGAUGGGGCUAAAGAAUCCACUCUGAACUGAACCGACGGCUGCCUGAGCCCUUGUGCCGCCUGAGAGUGGAGGCAUAGCAUCAUCACAGCAGCAGUGAGGAGAGAGUGAGAAAGAAAGAAGAAGGAGGGAGGGAGGGAGUGAGGGAGCAGGAGUGAGCACAAGAGGGAUCUGGAAAAGAGGACAGAGAGCCAAGAGACAGAGAAGAGGACAGACGUGGAGUGCCAAGCUCCUCUGCUGGCUCCAGGCUGUGUGUUGUUGUUGUCGUUUGGGGGUCAAGAUGAGCAGCCCGUGCCUGCUGCGCGCUGCCCCUAUAAGCCAGCCCCGACUCAGAGAGGUCAAGAUCAGCCUGAAGGCCAGCAGCAGGGAGACCACAGCCAUCCGCAGCAGCAGCGGAGGAACCAAGGAGGCUGCCAGCCGGCCCUAUGCCCCGGCAGAGAAAGAGGCCCCUCUUCGGGUCGGCAUGAGCAGCAGCCGGAGCAGGAGCACCCCAGCGGUCCACCGGGCUCAGAGACCUGAAAGCAGGAAGACAGCGAGGGGAAGCAGCAGCAGCAGCAGUGGGAAGCAGCAGGAGCCUGAACACCACCUGGAGAGGAAUGGCACUCUCCUGCAUGUCCCGCUCGCCGUGGCACCCGUGGGACUCUCCCCCUUCUCUUCGUCCUCUUCCUCGUCCUCCUCCUGCACCCCUAGACGUCAGCGGCCCUCUCACCCUCACCCUCCCCCCGCCCUCCUCUCCUCCUCCUCUUCCUCCUCAGCUAAAAGUAUGAAGCGGGCGCGCUGGCUGAGUUUCAGCACCUCCAACAUCUGUUUCAACUCCAUCCUGGAUGGACGCUUCCGGCAGUUGCAAGAUGAGCGUGAGGCAGUUCAGAAGAAGACCUUUACUAAAUGGGUCAACUCAAUCUUGUCCCGGGUCGGCUGUCGCAUCUCCGACCUCUACCUGGACCUGCGGGACGGACGCAUGCUCAUUAAACUGUUGGAGGUGCUGUCUGGUGAACGACUGCCAAAACCCACUAAGGGCCGAAUGCGAAUCCACUGUUUGGAGAAUGUGGACAAGGCUCUGCAGUUCCUCAAAGAGCAGAGGGUCCACCUGGAGAACAUGGGUUCCCACGACAUCGUCGACGGCAACCAUCGCCUCAUCCUCGGCCUCAUCUGGACCAUCAUCCUUCGCUUCCAGAUCCAGGACAUCAUUGUGGAAACAGGCCAGGCAGACCAGAAGGAGACGCGCUCAGCUAAGGACGCUCUUCUUCUGUGGUGUCAGAUGAAAACUGCAGGGUAUCCCAAUGUCAACAUCACAAACUUCACCACCAGCUGGAAAGACGGCAUGGCCUUCAACGCUCUCAUACACAAACACCGGCCAGAUCUGGUGGACUAUAGCAAUAUGAAGAGGUCCAACCCGACCCACAACCUCCAGAAUGCCUUUAACGUAGCAGAGCAGAGGCUUGGCGUGACCAAGCUGUUAGACCCAGAAGAUGUGUUCACAGAGAACCCAGAUGAGAAGUCCAUCAUCACAUACGUCGUGGCAUUUUACCACUACUUCUCGAAGAUGAAGCAGCUUGCUGUUGAGGGCAAGAGAGUUGGAAAGGUUCUGGAUCACGCCAUUGAGACAGAGAAGAUGAUUGAUAAGUAUGAGACGUUGUCGUCCGACCUGCUGACGUGGAUUGAGCAGACCAUCAUCGUGCUGAACAACCGGAAACUUGCCAACUCUCUGACUGGAGUUCAGCAGCAGCUUCAGGCCUUUAACACCUACCGCACCGUAGAGAAGCCGCCCAAGUUCCAGGAGAAGGGAAACCUCGAGGUGCUGCUGUUCACCAUCCAGAGUCGUAUGAGGGCCAACAACCAGAGGGUCUACACACCUAAAGAGGGAGCCCUAGUCGCGGAUAUCAACAGGGCCUGGGAGCGUCUGGAGAGGGCGGAGCACGAGCGGGAGCGCGUCCUGAGAGAUGAGCUGAUCAGACAGGAGAAGCUGGAACAGAUGGCGAGAAGAUUUGACAGGAAGGCUGCCAUGAGGGAGACCUGGCUCCUCGAGAACCAGAGACUAGUGGCUCAGGAUAACUUUGGUUACGACCUGCCAGCGGUGGAGGCAGCAAAGAAAAAGCACGAUGCCAUUGAGACGGACAUUUCUGCGUAUGAGGAACGUGUUCAGGUCUUGGUGGACAUCUCACAGGAGCUGGAGUCUGAGCGAUACCAUGACGGCAAACGGAUCGACGUGCGGAAAGACAACAUCCUGCGCCUGUGGGACUACCUGCAAGAGCUGCUGAAGGCUCGUAGGGGGCGUCUGGAUAAGAACCUGACCCUGCAGAGGAUCUUCCAGGAGAUGCUGUACAUCAUCAGCUGGAUGGAUGACAUGAAGGCUCGACUUCUGUCUCCUGACUUUGGGAAACACUUGCUGGAAGUGGAAGACUUGUUACAGAAACAUGCUCUGUUAGAGAACGACAUCGCUCUGCAGGCAGAGAGAGUACAGAGUGCCAGUGCUGCUGCUCUCAAGUUUGCCAAUGGAGAUAGCUACAAGCCAUGUGAUCCCCAGGUGAUCCGCGACAGGGUGCAGCACCUGGACUUGUGCUACGAGGAGCUUUGUGCCCUUGCGGCCCAGCGAAGGGCUCGCUUGGAGCAGUCCCGCCAGUUCUGGAACUUCCUGUGGGAGGUGGCGGAGCUGGAGAGCUGGAUUAGAGAGAAGGAGCACAUUUUCUCCUCCCUGGAUUAUGGAAAGGACCUGACAAGUGUGCUGGUACUCCAGAGCAAACACAGCGCCUUCGAGGAUGAGCUCGGAGCCCGCCGCGCCAACCUCGAACAGGUCUUGGCUCAAGGAGAAAAGAUGAUCCAGGCCAAGCACUUUGGCUCCCCGAAGGUUCAAGAAUGCAUGGAUGACAUCAGGAGGCAGUGGCAGCAGCUGGAGGAGCUGGCUGCGUUUCGGAAACAGAACCUCCAGGACACCCAGAGGUUCUUCCAGUUUCAGGGAGAUGCUGAUGAACUCAAGGCCUGGCUGCUGGACGCCAAGAGGCAGAUGAGCAGCGAUGAUGUGGGCCACGACGAGUACACCACCCAGCGGCUACUGAAAAAGCACAACAACCUGAAGAAUGAAGCCAUCAAGAAUGGAGCCACCAUAGAUGCUCUGUCCAAACAGGCCAAUGCAUUGCCAGAGGAGCUACAAAACACCCCUGAUAUACAGAGACGUCUGAAAGACAUCAAGGACCUGUACAUAGAGCUCAUGUCUCUGGCUGACCUGAGACAGAAGAGGCUAGAUGACACUUUGGCCCUAUACACCAUCUUCAGUGAGACAGACGCCUGUGAGCUCUGGAUGGGCCAGAAGGAGACGUGGUUGGUGGUUUUAGAGGUGCCUGAGAAGCUGGAGGAUCUGGAAGUAGUACAGAAUAGGUUGAGCAUUCUAGCUCAAGAUAUGGCAAAUGUUCAGUCGAGAGUUGAUGACGUCAACAAAGCCGUGAAACAGCUUGAGGACAGCAGACACCCUCGCACCAAAGAGGUCAAAGAAUGUCAGAUGCGACUGAAUAAGAGGUGGGAGGCCUUCAAGGCCAUGGUGGAGGAUAAGAAGAGGAAAGUGGAUUCUGCUGUUAGUCUGCACAGCUACGGGCUGGAGUGUGACGAGACAGAGGCCUGGAUCAGAGACAAAACACGGGUGAUUGAGUCCACACAGGACUUGGGCAAUGACCUGGCAGCUGUCAUGACCAUCCAGAGGAAACUGUUUGGCAUGGAGAGAGAUUUGGCCGCCAUCGACACCAAGCUUACCUUCCUGAGGAAAGAGGCCGACCAGCUGGCUAAGGACCAUCCGGAGAAUGCAGAUGACAUUUUGGCCCGCAGACGGGAGCUGGAUGCAGCCUGGGACAUGCUAAGAAAGACCCUGAAAGACAGAGAGGACUCGUUGGGCGAGGUCAGCAAGUUACAGACCUUCCUCCAAGACAUGGAUGACUUCCAGUCCUGGCUUUUCAAGACCCAGAAGGCUGUGGCGUCAGAGGAAAUGCCCGCCACGCUGCCGGAGGCCGAGGAGCAGCUCAGCCUUCAUGACGCUGUGCGUGAAGACAUAAAAAACCACGAGGAGGACUAUCACCGCGUGAGGGACACUGGUGCCCAGGUCACCCAGGGUCAGGAGGAUGAUCCUCAGUACCAGCAGCUGGAGCAGAGGCUCAAGGGGCUGGACCGUGGUUGGUAUGAACUGCAGAAGAUGUGGGACAGCCGCAAGACCUUCCUGGACCAGGGUCUGGGCUUCCAGCAGUUCAUGAGGGAUGGCAAGGCUGUACAGGCCAUCCUCAACAACCAGGAGUACACCUUGGCCCACAUAGACAAGCCCGACACCUUGGCUGGGGCAGAGAAAGCUUUAAAGAAGUAUGAGGACUUUAUGAGCACCAUGGAAGCCAACGAGGACAAGAUUGAUGGCGCUCUGCAGGGCGGACAGCGGCUGGUGGACAGCAAAAACCUGUACUCUGGGAAUGUUCAGGAGAAAAUGGACUCAAUCCGAGACAGGCAUAACAAGAAUAAAAGAAGAGCCCAGGAGGUGUCAGAAAAGCUCAGAGACAACCGCGACCUGCAGCACUUCCUGCAAAACACUCAAGAUCUGACUCUGUGGAUCAACGAGAAGAUGCUGACGGCUCAGGACACGUCGUACGAUGAGGCCAGGAACCUCCACAGCAAAUGGCUGAAACAUCAGGCCUUCAUGGCUGAGCUGGCCUCCAACAAGGACUGGCUCAACAAAGUGGACCAGGAGGGUCAGGAGCUCAUGGUGUUCAAGUCUGAAUUCGAGCCCAUUGUGAAGGAGCGUCUAGGCAAACUCCACGAGCUGUGGGACAAGCUGGAAUCCACAACCCAGGAGAAAGCCCGGCUGCUGUUUGAUGCCAACCGCUCCGAGCUUUUUGACCAGAGCCUGACCGAUAUGAAGAAGUGGCUAUGUGAGCUGCAGCAGCAGCUACAGAGCGGAGACGAGGGUGUCAGAGACCUGACUAACGCCAACAUCCUGCUCAAGAAGCAUCAGAUGAUAGAGAACCAGGUGCGCGACCGGGCGCGGGAGCUGGAGGAGCUCCAGGAGGCCGUCAGGAAGCACGGCGGAGGCAGGGAGGACCAGCCGGAGCUAGAGGCUGAGACGCAGACCCUGCAGGAAGACUUCCAGCAGCUCCUCACACCACUGACCCAGCGCAAGGGCAAGCUUGAAGCCGCCAAGGCUGUCCAUCAGUUCUACAGAGACCUGGCCGAUGAGCUUCUCUGGAUUGAGGAGAGGAUGCCCCUGGCAAUGUCACUAGAGCAUGGCCAUAAUCUUCAAACUGUGCAAAUGCUGUUGAAGAAGAACCAGACAUUGCAGAAGGAGAUCGAAGGCCACCAUCCACGCGUCGAUGAAGUACUAGAACGAGGAAGUAGGAUGGCGGCCGCAGCCAGCGCAGAGGGCAGACCGGAAGCAGAGCAAAUCGUGGACCAGCUGAAGGAGCUGGAGGAGGCGUGGUCCCGGCUGCAGGACGAGAUGGCCAAGCGCAGAGAGAGGCUGAAUGGCUCCAACUUGGCCCAGCAGUACUACAACGACGCGGAUGAGGCCGAAGCCUGGAUAGGGGAGCAGGAGCUUUACAUGAUCGCUGAUGAAAAGGCCAAGGAUGAGCAGAGUGCCAUGCUGAUGUUGAAGCGCCACAUGAUUCUUAAGCAAGCCGUGGAUGACUAUGCUGACUCCAUUCAGAGGCUGGCUGACCGUGCCCAAAAAAUGUUUGCUGAGGACCAUCCUGAUGGUGAGGAGAUCAUCAGGCGACAGGGCCAGGUAGAUAAGCAGUACGCAGGGCUGAGGGAGCUGGCGGAGGACCGCAAGAAGAAACUGGACCACACCUACCACCACUUCCUGCUGAGCCGAGAGGUGGAGGAUCUGGAACACUGGAUCGCAGAAAGAGACGUGGUGGCCUCCUCUCAGGAGAUGGGCCAGGACCUGGACCACGUCACGCUUCUGAGGGAUAAGUUCCGAGAGUUUGCGCGGGAGACGGGGAUGGUGGGUCAGGAGCGAGUGGACUUCGUCAACCAGACGAUAGAUGAGCUGAUCGAAGCCGGCCACACCGAGGCAGCCACCAUGGCAGAGUGGAAGGACGGCAUCAAUGAGAGCUGGGCUGACCUGCUGGAGCUCAUCGACACUCGCGCUCAGCUCCUCACAACAUCUUACGAACUGCUCAAGUACUUUGAUGAUGGGAAGGAUCUUGUGGGUCAGAUCCACGAGAAGCGGAAAGAGCUGCCUGAUGAUGUGGGAGAGGACUUCAGCAAAGCCGAGUCCUUCCACAGAAUGCACGCUGCCUUUGAGAGAGACAUCACCGCCCUAGGCAAACAGGUUCAACAGUUCCAGGAGACGUCUUCACGGCUUCAUGCCCAGUAUGCAGGGGGCAGAGCGGACAGCAUCCAGGCCACAGAGCGAGAAGUGGUGGAAGCAUGGAAGGGCCUGCUGGACGCCUGUGACGGCCGCAGGGCAAGACUGGUGGACACAGCUGAGAAGUUCCGCUUUUUCACCAUGGUGCGAGACCUGAUGGCCUGGAUGGAGAGCACCAUCCAGCAGAUAGAGACUCAGGAGAAACCCAGGGAUGUCUCAUCUGUGGAGCUCCUGCAGAAGUACCACCAGGGGAUCCGCUCAGAGAUUGAGGCCAGGGGAGCCAACUUCACCGACUGCGUAGACCUCGGCAAGGCCCUGCUGACACGCAAGCACCGAGACUCUGCUGAGAUCAAGGAGAAGUUGGUGCAGCUGACGGAGAAAAGGAAGGAGAUGAUGUUCAAGUGGGAUGACAGAUGGGACUGGCUCAGACUCUUGCUGGAGGUGUGUCAGUUUGCGCGGGACGCCUCGGUGGCGGAGGCCUGGCUGAUCGCUCAGGAGCCCUACGUGACUAGUAAAGACAUGGGCUACACUGUGGACGAGGUUGAUAAACUCCUCAAGAGGCACGAGGCCUUCGAGAAAUCCACCGCCACUUGGGAAGAGCGCUUCUCUGCACUGGAGCGCCUCACCACGCUGGAGUUGUUGGAGUCAAGGAAGAAGCAACAGGAGAUUAAGCAGUUCAUUAAAGAAGAGCAACGCUCUGAUAAGGAGAGCAGGAGAGAAGACACCGGCUUUGUAGAAGAAUCUUCACAGCUUUACACCAUUGAGGAACAGACUCUGUCUGGUUCUGGUACAGUUGAGCCCAGUUCAGGUCUGCUGGAGGGGACAAUGGGUGACUCCACAGUGCCUGUAGUAUCAGAAAUGAGAGAGAGUGUUUCUCUGGAGCUGGAGCCCUCUGUCUCAGUAGUGACCCUGGAACAACCAGAGAGGGCUGCCACCAUGCCCAUGGAGCCCCUCAGAGCCCAGACUGUGCUGAAGGAGGGCAUGCUGGGCCGCAAACACGAUGUGGAGGGCUCAGGAAAGAAGGUUUCACCUAGGUCAUGGAACAACUUGUACUGUGUGCUGAAGCCGGGCCAGCUCUCAGCCUAUAAGGAUGCCAAGAGUUUUAGCCAUGGGGUGACGUAUCACGGUGAGGACCCCUUGUCUCUCAGUAAUGCCAGUUGGGAGAUCCUCACCAACUACAAGAAAAAGAAGCACGUCUCCAAACUACGUCUUGGAGACGGCAGUGAAUAUUUGUUCCAGUGUAAAGACGAGGAGGAGCUCCAGCGUUGGAGCAAGGCCAUGGAGAAGGCUGUUCAGCCCCUGGCAGCGGAGGAGGCGUCGGGGCCCUCAGGGGCCAAAGCCCACAGCCUGCCUGCUCCCUCCUCCUCAGCUGCCCUCCCUGAGCCCAGCUCUGCCAAGAAAGACAAGGAGAAGAAGUUCAGUCGCUUUGCCAAGAAGAAGUGAAAGGAGAUGGGAAGACCAUCAGGAGGGGGUGGGGUGGGGGGUGGAGGGGUUGCCUAGGCAACCUGGAAAGAGAAAGUAGUAUUUGUGUACAAUCAGUCAGUGCAAGCUUUUUAUCACUAGAUUUUUUUAUAUUAUUUUGCGAGAAUUAACAUAAAUAUUGUAGUUUAGGUUAAAGCCAUCACUCUUUUGCCUGUAUUUAAGCCAGUGUAUCAUUGCGAAGGCCCACGUUUUUCUUUGUGUUCUUUUCAACAAAUGCCAAAUUCAAAGCAUUAAAUUAAAGCACAGGAAUGCUCCUUUCACACUCAACCAAAGAAUGUUUGUAAAACUUCUUUUGUUACUUUUGCUGCAGUUUUUUUGCUUUAGUAUGGCAUGCUUUGAUAUAGCUAUGUACGAUAUGAAGGCCUAUAAUGGACAUAGGGUGACUCAAGAGUACUAAGAAGUACUUUUAUUAAUCUGCCUUAUACAAUGGUUGUGAACUGUAAUACUGUGCUGUUUGAAUUUGGAGCACUAAAUGCUACUUAUAGAACCAGAGUGAAUUUAACAGGCUUUAAAAAGCUUUGUAAAUGCAGUGUAAAGAAUUGGUGAUGAGCAAACCGUAGUGCAGUGAUGUACAGUGCACACACACCAAGUGUAAUUGCAGGCAUGCAAACUAAAUGCUCUAUGCACUGUGAAGGGUUUGACUGUUGAGAUUUUAAGUCGGUAACUGAUGACAUAUGAGCAGUCAUGAGACGCCACAAUCAGUCAGUUUUGAAUAUAGAUCUAGUCCAACUGUAUUCUCAGCUGAACUGUGGCAGUAGUUAUUUCUGUGAACUAGAAAUAUAUUCAACACUUGUGUAUUGAAAAUUUCAUAUCUAUUCAUUAACAUAUAUACAUAUACAGUUUAUAUAUCUACAGAUGCAUGAAGUAUGUUUUACGAUAGUUUGAUAUGGUGCUAUUGUGAUAUUCUUGAUCAAGACCAACUUGACCUGCCUUAUUUGUCUUCAACUUUGGCUUAUAGUGACACAUGUGAAAAUAUAUUCUGUUAGCAUAUAUCUGAGGGGUGUUUCAUGAAGGUGGCUCAGAAAAGCAGGCCUUAUUGUGAAAAGCCUGACUUGAAAUGAGCCUAACAAACUGAACCAGGAUUGUUCUGUUUCCCGAAGACAAGUCUGGUUUAUUUUGAAACACAGAACCGAGACACGAAGCACUGAUAACACAAAUUCAUUAGGAAGAAAACGGACAUGUAAAGACAAAACUGCAAUGUUUGCGGUGACGAAGCAGCACAUAUUAAACAUAAUAUGGAGUAAAAAUAUUACAGCAAAAAUUAACAAAACCACUGCCAUAAACACAAAAAAAAAGAACUUUUGGCAGAAUGUUGUGGGUCAGCAGUCAGCUCAGGCUCUACUAGUAAUCAUGAAUUCAUGGGUUCAAAUCCCAUGUGAGUAAUGGGAACUUUCUAUAAUAAGAGCUAAAAAUUAAUGUAUAGAUGUAUCAGAAACUAAACUUCUCUAUCAGUAUGAUUUCCCUGUUUUGUUUGGACCAGUGAUACAAGAGUCUCCAUAUGGUGAAAAUACUGUUAAAAUACCUUCAGAUUGGCUGCCUGUCCCGCUUGUAUUUGUAAUAGACUUUAAUUUUAUUCAAGUGACAUUUAAAGAGAACAAAUGGUGAAAAUGCUGCUAUUAAAAAAAGAAAUUCAAGUUCAAAUUUUGAGCAGCCCAUGUCAAAUCUGCUAAAUUUGACAUCCAGCAAAAAGAGGAACCUUAAGGGAGGAACUUAAAAGAAAACAGUGUUUUUAGUAUGACAUAAUGAUUGUAACACUGGUUAAGCCUGAGGUGAAGCUAAACCAGAAAACUAACCUGACCAAAACAAGGCUAGUCUGGAAGGAUAAGUUUUCAUGGUAACCUAGGUCAGACUUAUUUAAACCUCCGUUAUGAUAAAAUAAGCCUGACUUGCUGAUAUAAACCUGGUUUAACUGGUAAUCUGGUUUUAUGAAACACCCCUCUGGGCUCACAAACUAGAUUUUUUAUUUACAAGAAAUGUUGAGUGUCAAAUUACACCCAACUAGAAUUUACACCAGGUGCUCUUGCAGAAAAAGAGCCUGGACCAUUAUUCAAAAAGUAUUAUGGUACCAGCCAAAGUCUAGGACAAGCUGUGGGUCGGAUGAAUCUUGACUGCUUUUCCAAACCACACAACAGGACCAGGCAUGCUCUUUAUCUAAGCGAGGAUCAUACAGUAGCAGUAUGGAGCUGAGGGAAUGUGUCUUUAAUAUGAAUGUAAGGGAAGAAAGGAAGGAAGUGAGAAUUUGGUACACUUAGGAGUUUCAACAAUAAAGCCAUAAUAGAAUAAAACAUUUUAAAUCGAUAUACACAUACAGGGAAUAUAGAGUAUGUACAGUAUAUGGAAUCUCAUUUAUAGAUGUUAAUUUGUCACCAGGAUGGUGGAUCACACAUACACUCUCCCCCUGCCGUCUUGCCUUGUACUGUGGGCUCCGUCCCUGAACUACAAUCCCAACUCAAGUGACUUCAUUGAAGCGAUGGAAGUCAGGUGUAGAAAGAAAAACGAGACUGUUCAGCUCAAGAGGAAAUGAGGUAGCAUCGUGAUUAUCUCUGUCAAGAUUAUUUACAUUAAUAAAGGAACAAAAUAGUUAUUAAAUCUAUGAUCUUGUGGCUGUCUAAACAAGAUAUACAGAUGUUUCCAUGUGCAGAGGGCCGGAAGAACAUCACAACUGCUCCUCGAAAUGGUUUGGGAAACUUGCAUCACAUGUAUUUAGUCUUGUUUUUAUUGGUCGCUAUAUCUACACUAACCCCGAUUCUGACACUUCCUACUCCGUCACCUUCAAUCCACUUUGUUUAUUCCUCCACUCCUUCCUACCUGCCUUUUCUGUUCAGUGGUUUUUAAUCUGCAUUUUGUACUCUCUAGCUAUGUAAAAUAUCCAGAAAUGUUGACAUGAAAUAUCAAAUACAUUUUGAGAGAAUAAACUUUAAAUCAAACUCCUGAA